UAUGUAGCAGUCGCGUAUACAGCCCAGUACGUUCAAGGUUCAAAAAUAAGUUAGAUUUUGUAAAUUUAAAUUCUUAGUUCGUAGCAUAUACGAAUUACGAAUCAUCGUUUAAUUGUUUACACGGUACUACGUAAUUCAAGAAUGAACGUAGACUAGUAAUGGUCAAUCGUUUUUUUAAGAAUAGGCGACCUAUUAUAGGAUAUCAUCGUGCGUAAAAAACACAUUUAACAUUAACAUUCAUUGGGUUGUGAAUUCGUGACGACUAAGAGACACCAUCUACGACGUUGGUAGAAAAUACCAAUAAUGUUGGUUAGUAAAUAAUUAUGAGUUGUACUGUUUAAUUCUACGUAUGAUGGCAUCAUACCGGUCGUUAGCGGUGGUGUUAGGUUGGGUUUCAGCUUCCAUUCAAUGACAAUGUACAAUGAGUUCGUUCAGCUUAACUAUUUAACUAGCUUAUAAGAUUACAAAUGAGAUGUAGAGGACAACUAAGAUAAAUAUAAUCAAAAUCAUACUGAAACUGUAGAUCCAGAAAAAAUUAUGGCAGUAGAAUUGAAUAAAAAUAUUUAAAACUUACCAGUUAUAACUUUAAAUGCAUGUAGAAAGUAUGCAUAAUAUAAACAAGCUCAAAAGUUUUAGAGACAGAGAGGAAGAAAACAAAGAUAGUGUUCUAGCAAGUGAAAACACUAAAAUUUCACCUCAAAAAACACUAUCGAUUGACAAACCGAUUGUUGUUAAUAAUACUACACAAUUGGUGGAGAUCACUGCUGAAACAAAACAAGAAGGUAAUAAAAAUGAACAGUUCUUGGUUAUUAUUGACACUAACAUGUUAACAGAGCUAAUUAACUUACCUAUUGCGUUAUCCAUGCAAUCAAACACUUUAAGUACUACAAUGAAUAUCACCCAACCAAUUAAUAAUAAAUUAAUUCAAAAUUCCAAUAAUCAAGUACAAAGCUCACCGAGUACUAUGAAGUCUUCUAUUUUAACUACUAAACCAAAUCUAGCGACUACAAUUAAUGUUCCUAAACCUUCAAUAAUAUUAUCAAAUCUAACUGAUGAUAUGUUUGUUGUUGAAACUCCAUCUUUUACUGUGCCUUUUAUUUAUGAAGAACUCCCUAAAACAUCAUUAAAAGAAUUUAUUAAUAACAUUUUAAACAUAAAAAAUAAUAAAAGAGAUGAAGAUGAAAAUGAAAAAUCUUUGGAUAAAAAAAAUAAAAAUAAUCACGAAGAAAAGUGUAGCAAAAAAUUGGAUACAAAUGAAAAAAUGGAUAUCAAUGAAUCAGAAAAUAAGGUAUCUGGUUACAAAAAAAAAUUGGAUAGUAGUAAAAAAAAUAUUGAUGAACAAAUGCUUGUGGAUGAAUCAGAUAGGUCUAAAAAAAUUGACUCUAAAUCAAAAAAUGUGUCUGAAAAAACAGAUGUUAAACCAAAGAUUCAAAGUCUCAACUACUUUGAAAAUCCAUUUGGCAAAUUUUUUAUGCAAAUAGGUAUAAACCUUGUUGAAGAGCAUGUUCAACUCGAUUUAUUAAGAACACAAAGAAAAAAAAAGGAUCGCAAGGGUAAUAAAUGCCCCGAAGAAAAUCACAUGGCUAUUAAUUCUUUAAUUAAAACUUUAGAAAUUAGUAAAAAAAAUAAUCAUCUAUUCCAAUUUGAUUUAAAAAUGUGUGAACUAUGUAAUUUUAAAUCUGAAUCAAAUUUAGUAAUGGAUCAUCAUUUAGAGAUUUCACAUAAUAUGACAGCCAAUCACUGCUAUAAUGUUGAUACUUUCCAAAAAGACAGUUCACAUAAAUUAUUACUGCACAUGGAUAAACACAAUAUUAAAAGGCAUUUAGAAAAAGGUCCAGCCUUACAUCAAUGUCCAAAUUGUCCAUUUGAAGUUAGUCAUAAGGGCAAAUUAAACCAGCAUUUAUAUUUUUGUUUGGAAAAAUAUCCACUUAAACUCAAUCAGGCACCUCCAUUAGAUUGGGAACCUCCAGCAAAAAUACCUAGAGUAUUACAAAAUAAAGCUUCGCUGAAUUCUAAUCUUGAGCGUUCUGUUUACCGAGCAGUUACGUCUAGAUUUAAACAAUUUUAUAAUCUUAAUGUGCAGAACUUACAACAACAACAAUAUAAUAAAAUGUUAACUGUGUCUGAUGUUAAAGCUAAUGAUCAUACUUUUUUACCACCAAGACAGCAGUUUCCUAAAAUGGCACCUUCUUUUUUAACUAUACUGCCAAAACAAAUUUCUGAAGGAAUUGUAUUUAAGAAUACUAGUAUUACAUCAACCAAUCAUCCAAAUAUAAUCCCUACACCGUAUUCAAUGAACAAUCACACAUAUCAAGCAACUACAUCUACAACUUAUCUACCUCUAUCAUUUCCAUUAAAUAGCACACAAUCAACUGAUGCAUCUACCAUGUAUAAACCUGAACUCAAUCACACUCAGUUAUCAUUCUCUUCAACAAAUAAUAACAAAAAAUUAACCUUUCUAUUAUGUGAAAUAUGUGAUGACUAUAUAAAAAACAAAGAAAAAUUGCGUGAGCAUAUGCAAUUUAUACAUAAAGUUAAAAUUCGGCCAAGCCUGAGUUAUGAUGAACCAAUAAUACAUUGUUCAAUGUGUCAGUUUAAAUGUUAUACUGAUAAAGGUCUUGAAAGACAUCUCCUAGGUUCACAUGGUUUGGUCACAUCCCGUUAUCAAAAGGCUGCCAAUAAUGGGAAAGAUGGUGGAAGAUGUCCAAUAUGUAGUAAAGAUUUUCUAUGUGAAUUAUUAAAACAUGUAUGCCGUGACCACUCUAUUUCAUUAAGGCCAGCAAACAUAUUUUACAAAUGUAAGGAUUGCAUUUUAACAUUUAAAAUGUAUACAAAGUUUGAAAACCAUGUAUAUUUAAAACACAAAUCUAUAGCUAAAAAAUCAAGUAAAAAAACUCUUGGCAAUCAACCUGUUGCUACUUCAUCAACUUCUACAACUGCUACACCAAAGCCAUCAAAAAUAAGUGAUGAAAUUAUUACAAAAACCACAACCACCUAAGAUUCAAAAUAUAUGUUAAAAUUGUAAUAUUAAUAAGCCAGUUACAUCAACUCGUAAAUGAAGUUUAACUCAAACAGCAAAGGCUAAAUUUAUUUGAGUCAUAUUUAAUCAGAUCCAAAGAAUGGACGGUAACAUAAUUACAUUUAAAUUUAAUAAUUCGCCUAAUAUAAUUUUUAUAAGUAUAAUGAAUAUUAUUGUUGUUGAUUUCAAAAUCGUAUUGUAUUUUUUGAUUACACUGGACAGU